AUGGAUGUCACACGAGUAUGUCUCCGGAGAAUAUGUCGCAGGCUCAAGACUGACUAUACUCAAAGACUGUCGCGUUAUCAGUGCAAGGUUCAUUGCACGGCCUUUCUGGUUACAGUUUACGGAAGAAGUGUUGAAUCGCCGACCCUGUCUCUAACGCCUGCGAAUCCCAAUAUCCAACCUUCUCAUCAACGCGACUAUGGAGGCGGUUCCUCCUUGAUAGCAAUUAACGAACUAACCAACAUCCCGGGAGAACUAGACGCUACAACAAAUCCAUCAGCAGAAAACGAUCUUACAGAAUGCCCAAAAAUAUGCCUGCGAAUCAAUGUGCUUGACUUAAUCAACUGGACGAGAGAUACGAUGCGACUUGCCGAGGUCUCCUUUCCCAUGGAAGCGGAUAUGCUCAGAUUACACAUGCAUCAUGAUCUACUGUAUUGUCUCACCAUUGGUCAGAACGAGGGCCAAGAUAGCCAACCUCCCCACUUUAGCGAUGUUUUCGAAGAGAUUUAUCGACAACAUCCGGAGAAUGAAUAUCUGACUUCACUGGUGAAUUGUGCCUUCGGGAAAGUGCGGAACGUGAUUCUAGUAGACAAGGAAGAGCAGGAUAAGGCACAGCUGGCUCAGGAAGGUGGUGUAUCCAACAGUCAACGAAGAUGA